AUGAUCUGUAUUAGGCUUCUCUCGGGGGAUGAAUUGGUCAAAGUGCCGCUGCAGAGCGCCUCGGGCGAGGUGAAGGAUGUGAAGGGCUUGCAGCAGUGCUUGCAUCAGCUGCAUGGCAUGCCCCCACGCUUCCGGCAAAGAAUGCUUCUCCACGGCCAGAUCUUGGAUGAUGCUACCAAGCUAGACUCCCCCAUGGAGCUGGAGCUCGUUCUGCUUCCAUACAGCGAGGCUCUUGACACAGAACGUUUCAUGUCAGCCGCACUACGCGGCUCUGCCGUCGAGGUUGAGUCCAUGCUGGAGCAUCCCGCCGAUCCGGACGUGGCCACCGAUAGGGGCAUCACGGCCCUGAUGACGGCAGCGCAGCAGGGCCACAUGGAGGUCGUGCGGUUGUUGCUUGAGGCCGGCGCGCACGUUGACAAGGCCAACGACGCCGGUGGCACGGCCGCGAUGCUUGCGUCUCUAAAGGGCUGCACGGAAGUCGCUCGCAUGUUGCUUGAGGCCGGGGCCCACGUCAAUUUGGCCGACAACGCUGGAAGAACAGCUUUGGCAUAUGCAUCGGCAAAUGGCCAGGUUGCGGUCGCACGCUUGUUGCUUGAGGCCGGUGCACACAUCGACUCGGCCAGCAACGAUGGGUUCACAGCUCUGAUGUGGGCAUCACGGAAGGGUCACAUUGAGGUCGUGCGUUUGUUGCUUGAGGCCGGUGCGAGCAUCGGUAAGGUCAACAAUGCCGGUCGCACAGCUCUGACGAUGGCAUUCCGACAUGGCCACGAACAAGUCGUGCGUUUGUUUGUGAAGGCCGGUCCUUACAUCGAGUUGGCAGGCAGCGAAGGUGCCACAGCUCUACCAGCAUGA